CCCCCGCUCCGAUACUCGCCACGAGACAACAUCGACACAACUUGGGAAUAUGGUCGUGAUGAUCUCCUUCGGAUGCUAAUGCUUGGUCGCCUGAUAUUGAAGAUAUAUAAGUCUAAGAAUAUUCCCUUCUUCAAGCUUGUGUGAAAGACUCCCCAGCACUAACUUUUUAUUGAACCCAUCGCUUGAUCAAAAGCUCAAGAUGGCUUCUUCCACCUCCAAAGAAAUGGUCAACCCAUCAAUAGUCCUCUAUGGUGCCAAAAACGCAGCACUCGAAGAUAAGCCAAUACCAGAACUUGUCGAGCCACAUGAUGUUCUCGUCCGCAUCAACUACGUAGGCGUGUGUGGCAGCGAUGUCCAUUUCUGGCACCACGGCGGCAUCGGAAAGAUGGUCAAUCCUAGUACGGGCAUCGUCAUGGGCCACGAAGCAGCCGGUACCAUCCACUCCAUCGGCCCUGCAGUCAAGACUAUCAAGCCCGGAGACCGUGUAGCAAUUGAGCCGGGCACGCCAUGUCGCCUCUGCAAAGCCUGCAAGUCCGGCGUGUAUAAUCUGUGUCGGCAAAUUCGCUUUGCUGCUGCACCUGGCCCGCCUGAUACGCAGGGGACUUUGUCAAAGUACUUCCGCAUUGCAGAAGACAUGGUGUACAAGAUUCCAGAUGAGAUGGGCUUAGAUGAAGCGGUACUUGUGGAGCCGCUGGCUGUGGCCGUACACGCCGCGAAACUAGGCGAUGUACGUCCUGGGGAGACGGUCGUAGUAAUGGGGAGUGGAACGAUCGGAUUAUUCUGUGCCGCAGUCGCGAGACAGUUUGGCGCUCAUCGCGUAAUUCUCGUUGACAUUUUGGAGAAGAAACUCGAAUUCGCGACCUCGUACUUGGGUUGUGAGACUUUUCUAUCAUCCACCAAAGUCGAGGCUGAAGAAAACGCGGCAUUGCUUCUAAAGAAGCUUGACCUAGCUGAAUACGGUAUCGACAGCUUUGGUGGACACGUAGACACUGUCAUCGAAGCUUCAGGUGCUACAUCAAGCAUCGAAACUGGUAUACAUAUCCUACGACCUGGCGGCAAGUAUGUUCAAACUGGGUUGGGAAAACCAAAGAUCGAAUUCCCCAUUGUGGCAAUGAGCCAGAAAGAGUUGAUUGUCCGAGGAUGCUUCAGAUAUGGUACCGGUGACUAUGAACUGGCAGUUAGUUUGAUCAAAAAGGGACUUGUUGACGUAAAGCCGUUGAUCAGCUCGGUGACGCGAUUCGAAGACGCGACGCAGGCGUGGGAUAAGACGGGCAGGGGUGAUGGCAUCAAGAAUUUGAUACAAGGUGUGCAGGAUUGAACAUGUAGGCGUUCAAUGAGCAAAGUGUCCGAAAGUACUCACCGAGGAUAGGCAUCCAAUCCUAUAGGUACUCAGAUGACAGUAGAAAACGUGAGGAUGCCUAGAGGCGAGAUCAGCAUGGCUGCUAACGUUUCUGUCCGGACAACCUAGAUAGACGAUAGCAUCGUAUUUUAAUCCCGAACCUUCAUCCUCGAG